UUUCGUUCUUAAAAAUACUUGAUCAUUAUACAAUGGAUUCAACUCAAAAAUCGAAACAGUUGAAAAUGUCUCACUGUGCCUUUUCCGCUUAUUCUAUAACUCACUGUAACUUUAUACAUAGAAUGUCGGCAUAAACCGUAAACAACAAAUGAAAGAGUAAUAAUUACCUAAAAAAUGGUAUAAAAUUUAUUCCGAUUAUCUUUUAAGUAAAAGAAUUUUAGAAGACGUUGAAAAUGGAAACUCUUCUUGAACAACAAAGACGAUAUCAUGAAGAAAGAGAGAGGCUUGUUGACACAAUGGUCAAAGAAAGUUUACACAAGAAAAGUUCUAAUCGGGAACAGAUCAAUUCGGAUCAUCGUUUAAGGCUUCUUCUUAAUAGAUCCAUGGAUUGCACCUACAAUUUAAAGGAGCUGUAUGAAGACAAAGAUGGUUUAAGAAAAGAUGAAAUUGCUUCGUUAUCAGGACCAAAUGAAUUUGCUGAGUUUUAUUCUCGCCUCAGGGAGAUAAGAGAAUUUUAUCGAAAACACCCUCAUGAGAUUCAAGUUCCCAUGUCAGUAGAAUUUGAUGAAAUCAAUAAAUUAAGAGAGACUACUGAAGAUAAUGUUCCAGAGAACAUGGCAGAAUUUAAAGAUGAGGAGGGUUAUGGUAAAUUUCUUGACCUGCAUGAAUGUUAUGAGAAGUUUUUAAAUAUUCGAGGAGUGGAGAAAGUUGACUAUAUGACAUAUUUGUCGAUAUUUGAUCAACUCUUUGAUAUACCAAAAGAGAGGAAAAAUACAGAAUAUAAGAAGUAUAUUGAAAGUUUACUUGAAUAUCUUGAAGAUUACUGUCAUCGUGUAAAGCCCUUACUUGAUUUAAGUGACGAAAUGGAUUCAGUUAUUAUUGAAUUUGAUAAACAGUGGGAACAAGGUGCUUUUCCUGGUUGGCAAAAAGAGACUGAGAGUGCAUUGACCCAUGCUGGUGCCCAUUUAGAUUUGUCUGCAUUUACUUCAUCUGAGGAAUUGGCAUCUCUGGGAUUAGAUAGAUUGAAAUCUGCUCUUAUGGCUUUAGGUUUAAAAUGUGGCGGUACUCUCGAAGAAAGGGCUCAAAGACUCUUUAAAACAAAAGGAAAAAGUCUGAAAGAAUUGGAUCAAACUAUGUUUGCUAAAUCUAAACCAGGUAAAGCUGGACGUACUAAAGAUGUUGAAAAACAAAAAGAUAUUGCUUUACUUGAAGCUCAGCUGUACAGAUUUGUUGAAAUUCUCUCAGAACAGCGACAAGCGACUAAAGAAAAUGUUCAAAGAAAACAAGCCAGAACUGUUGGUGAAAGAGAAGAAUCGGAUAAUGAAGCGUCUGAAUCAGAUUCUGAUGAUGAAGAUGACAAUGAUGUCAUUUACAAUCCUAAGAAUCUACCUCUUGGCUGGGAUGGAAAACCUAUCCCUUAUUGGUUAUACAAGUUACAUGGAUUGAAUAUAACAUACAGCUGUGAAAUAUGUGGUAAUUUCACAUAUAAAGGCCCUAAAGCAUUCCAGAGACAUUUUGCUGAAUGGAGGCACGCACACGGUAUGAGAUGCUUGGGAAUUCCAAACACAGCUCAUUUUGCUAAUGUCACUCAGAUAGAAGAUGCUCUUGGAUUGUGGCAAAAGUUAAAGGAGCAGAAGCAAAAAGAGCGAUUUUUGCCAAGCAAUGAAGAAGAGUAUGAAGAUACCCAAGGAAAUGUUGUAAAUAAGAAAACCUAUGAAGAUUUAAAACGCCAAGGAUUAUUAUAAAUUUCAUUAUUUUGAAGGUUAGGCUGGAAAUAAAAGCCUUUCUCAUCUUAUGAAAUAUUGUACAAUGUUCAUUUCAAUUAAAUUUUUACAUUAUUUUA